AUGGCCACAAAAAUGACCUACUUCCGCAUAACCCUCAUGCGCUCCGCCAUCGGUCUCCCCCUCCGCCAAAACAUGGUCCUCCACGCCCUCGGCCUGAAAAAGCGAAUGGCAACAGUCUUCUAUCCCGUCACACGAGACGUGGCCGGUCAAAUCAUGAAAGUCAAGGAAUUAGUUGACGUGCAAGAGGUUGAUGAGCCGCUCACAAAGGCACAAGUGCAUCUACGACGGAAGCCGGAUCCGGGGUAUUAUAUUGAGACCCGGGCGGAGGAGGAUUUUGAGGAGAAGAGGUUUUCUUAG